AUGAUCGUGACGUACGAGGAUCAAGAGACCACCGGAGAGGAGAUCGGGAAGAUCGCAAUCGCUCACAUCGAAAAAGGACUCGAAGUCGCUCCCCUUCGGCGGAACGAGACCGGUCGCGGAGGCAUCGACGAACAAAUGAGAAACAUGACAAAACUAGAGAGAGAGACAAAGACCGUGAUGAAUAUCGGCGCGAACACCGGGGUCAUGAGUCAUCCAGGAGGGACCGGCGGCACGGAGAUAAGGAAUACACCAGGCGACGACGUGAUCGGUCAUAUUCGAGAUCUCCCAGCCGUUCUCCGCACAGGGACCGGAGUACCGAGCGCCAUCGCCAUAGACGACAAAAACGUGAAUCUGGACACCCUACUCGCUCCCUUUCCCGUUCCCGCUCACCAGAGUCGCACAAAUCUCGGCGAUCAAAGCGGGAAGAUGCAUCGCCACAUAGCUCCAGCCGUUCUCGCCUUGAAACCAACACACGACAUAGACGAAUGCGACGAAUCCGAUCCCCUAGAAGACCUUGUCGGGCCACUGCCUCCUCGACAAAAUGAGGCACCUAUCCGCUCGCGUGGACGAGGUGCUUAUAAACACAAUAUGAGCAAUAUCGAUGCCCACUUUGCACCCGGCUAUGACCCGGCUACCGAUGUGCAUCUAGAAGAAGACAAAUUACAAUCCAUGGGCCAGGAAUCCUCCCGUCGUCCUGUCGCAGGGCUCAUGACAAAAGACGAUGACUGGGACAUGGCAAUGGAGGCAUUGCGUGAUCGUGAGCGCUGGAGAAAUAAGGGUGAGGAGAGGCUACGUAAGGCAGGCAUUGACGAGGCUGUCAUUGAUAAAUGGAAGAAUAACACCGCUUUUGCUGGCGUGGACGGAGAAGGCAAACCAGAGGACGUACAGUGGUCGAAGAAAGGCGAAGGACGGGAAUGGGAUCGCGGCAAAUUCGUGGAUGACGAUGGCCAUAUUGAUAUUCGGGCUGCUUGGUAG